UACAAGGGAAGUUUUGAGACUAAGAGGUGUUAUUUCGAGGACAGAGCCUUGGGAUGUGAUGGUGGACCUAUUCUUUUAUCGUGAUCCUGAGGAGGUUAUUAAAGCUGAGGAAGUUGCGGCCCUUGCAGGAGAUUCUGUUGCAGCAGAAUUUUCUCGUACAGCGUACGAAGAAAUACCACCGUAUAGUUCGUACUCUGGAGAAGCUAUACCUGCCGCUGGCUUAGUGGAUUUUGGUGCAGGAGAGGCGGUUGGUAGUUGGGCUGCCGAAGGAAACUGGGAAGCCUCAGUUGCGCCUCGAGACUUGGACUGGGCAGCUGCCGAAGGUGUUGCUCCCGGUCGUAUGGGACUUGGACAACCUGAUUCGGGUUAUAGUUCACAUGCCUAUCGUUAGAUGACGUUUAAGUAAAGUUUGCGUACUAUACAGUGGAACUUUGAUUUUCU